AGAACAAAAAAAAAAGACAGAAAAAAAAAGUCAAAGUGCAGAUCAGUGCAACGAAAUAUAUAUAAAAAUAAUUGAACAUCUAUAUAAAUAAUAAUUAAUUAAACACAUAAAUAAUUAAUAAAUAAUCGUUGUUAAUGGCAACCAUUGAAGAAAUUGAUGUUCAAGAAGACAGUGGAAUGGGCAGCAGUGACAUUCAUUCACCAGAAAUUAAAUCUAUCCUCCCUGAUGAUGAGGAAGAUGAAGAGGAUGAAACUAUUGCUGAGAGACUUCUUGGUCUCACAGAGAUGUUCCCUGAAGAUGUAAGAAGAGUUGUUUGGAAUUUGGGUACAGGAUUGACAUCAGGAUUAAAAAGUUUCUAUUCAUUUUCUUGCUCUGCAACAUGGAUUAUGUUCAGUUCAUCAGCAAUAUUAUUUGCACCAAUAUUAUUUGAAGUUGAAAGAUCACAAAUGGAAGAAGCACAACGUCUUCAUCAAAAACAAGUACUAUUGGGUUCACGUGUAGGAACAGGAAUGGCAAUGGCACCACCAGUACCACGAUAAAUUAAUAAAAACAAUUUGAUAUAAAAUAACUAAUAUCAACAACUUGUUUCUACAAAAAAAAGAAAUUAAUUUUCAUAAAAUAUUAACAAAUAGAAGGAAAAGAACAAACUGCAUUUUUUAAAUACAUAAAUUUUUUGUUGUUAUUAUUUAAUUAAAAAUGAAUAAAUAAUAAAUAAUUAAAAAUAGAUAAAA